GACAGCUUCCAUUAAAUACAGAAAACAGAAAAACAAAAGCGAAAAAACUCAAAUACCUCAAAAAUCAAAUCCAAGUAAAAAUGGAGUGCGUGUUCGGUUUAGUAGGCAAUGGCUUCGCCAUAGUAGCGGCCGACACAUCGGCAGUUCACAGCAUCCUCGUCCACAAAUCUAACGAAGACAAGAUCAUGAUCCUCGAUUCUCACAAACUCAUCGCCGCUAGCGGUGAAUCGGGCGACAGAGUACAAUUCACGGAGUAUAUACAGAAAAACGUGGCUUUGUAUCAGUUUCGAAACGGUAUUCCUUUGACGACUGCUGCCGCUGCCAAUUUCACUCGCGGUGAACUUGCGACUGCCUUAAGGAAGAACCCAUACUUUGUGAACAUCCUUCUUGCUGGCUAUGAUAAAGAGACUGGCCCGUCUCUGUACUAUAUUGACUACAUUGCCACACUUCACAAGGUUGAUAAGGGGGCAUUUGGUUAUGGAUCCUACUUUUCUCUCUCUAUGAUGGACAGGCACUACCACAGUGGCAUGACAGUGGAAGAAGCCAUUGAUUUGGUUGAUAAAUGCAUAAUGGAGAUCAGAUCAAGACUGGUUGUGGCACCACCAAACUUUGUCAUCAAGAUCGUCGACAAAGACGGAGCAAGGGAGUAUGCCUGGCGUGAAUCUGUCAAGGAUGUCGCAGUUGCUUCAGCCUGAAGAUUUUAUCAUGUACUUGCACUUCCGCUCUGGAUGUUUAUUUACCAUGUACCAUUACAAAACAAUGUGUCUCGGCAGCCAAAACUUAGCAUUAAAAACUAUUUACCCUCAUCUGUUGCUUUGAUUAUGUUCUGAAGUGGAAAAUAUUGGAAAUUUGAUGAUACUUUAUUUUGAAAUGGAAGUCUUUGAGCUUAGGGGAGCCAA